AUGCUGAAUCUGAACAGAGAAAUAAAGAUGCCGCGGGCGCUUUAUCGGGAUACUCUGCAAGGCAGCAACGAUUCAAUCGAACCCCCACUUGAGGCGGUCAUACUGGAGCGAAAUGCUCGUAUGCACGCGCUAAUAGGGAACGUAAAGGAGAAUCUGGAGAAAGCGUACCAGAACCAAGCUCGAUACUACAACCUCCGCCGCCUACUUGAAAGGAGGAGUCUUCUGGCCCCCGCUCCACCCACAAUAUGGUCAUUUGAUUCUAUCUUCUUGGUGGCGUGGCGACAAUGUGGAUUCGCUAGGGUCAAACGCUGGACUGGGGAACAAAAUAUCCUAGACCGGGACGUCAUAUUGUUUCCCGUUCAUUUAGAGGAAGAAUUCCACUGGGUGUUGGCGGCAGCAUUUCCUAAGAUUUUGGAAAUCCACAUAUAUGAUUCCCUGCGACGAUCACGCCCCAAACUGACCAAGGAGAUUCAAUCCUACCUAAGCGAGUAUGCGACAUUCCGGAAAAGUCCUACUAUCAGCUGGACACUCGUCCCGAGCUCAGCCUGCCUCCAGCAAAGCCCCGACGGGAAUGAUUGUGGGUCCUUCGUCUGCUUCUUCGCAGAACAGAUAUUGAAGAGGCAGUCAACUGACGAAGUCGAAUUCAACCCCAGGGAAUACCGCAAAACUGUGACCACCGCCCUGAGAAGAACAAUCAUUAUUAGGAAUGAACCUCUCUUUCCACUGACCGACAGUCAGCUGGAAACCAGUCGUUGA